AUGUCAGACGCUGGGGACCACAAAAAGGCAGGUCGACGUCGGCUGGAAUAUGCCUCCAACGGCGGGGCAAAGUGCGUAGGUGCGUGUGUGAGUGCAGGCACUAAGAUCGGACAGGGAGAGCUUCGGUUGGGAGUUCUUAUCGAUUAUGAUAAUGGAAACACGGGCUUCAUAUGGCGCCACUGGGGCUGUGUGGCGCCGGUGUUCAUCAAGAACACGAAGAGGUAUUUCGAAAAGGCAGAUGAAAUCGAAGGCUUCAAAGAUCUGCGCCCUGAAGACCAGGAGAAGGUGCGCAAAGCCUGGGCGGAAGGCAAGGUUGCGGAUGAAGACAUUCCCGAGUCUGCGAAGAAGCCCACAGGUGCUGCGGCGCGCGAUCCUGUGGUAUCUCAGGAUAAGGCGAAGUCUUCGAUCGCUCCGAAAGCCUCGUCAUGGCACUGUAGGAGCUGCCUGAGAGAUCCCUGCCACCAGCCAACGGCGACGACAUGUGGACACGUUUUCUGCCAUAGGUGA